GAGACGGAUGCCACCAGGCACGUCAAGAAGGAGGUCGGCAGGUUCACCGAUGGCCAGAAGGCGAGGGCGGCGCGGUCAUCCAUUAAAAACGCGCUCACGGGGUGCCAGUGGCCAGCGCAACGGCGAGCCGCGCUGGACGCCCCGCUAGCAUCGUCGAAGGGUUGCCCGAUAGGACGCCCCGCUCGAGGGACGACGAGGCACCUGGCAUGGAGCGGCGCAGCCACCAGCAUCAUGAGGAGCCAGCUCGUCGAGGGCCUCGAGAAGCACGACGAGAUGGCAGGGCUUGCGGCGAUCGGCGCGGCCAACGACGAGGAGGACCCGCUCUGGUCGCGAGGCCCCGGGCCUUCGGGGCUGCAGCACACGCCGCUCCCCCUCGGCGAGGAGGACCGCCGAGCGGAGAGGAGGGGGGUCGCCAGCGGGCGCAGCGAGACGUCGCGCGGUGACUUGCUCGUGGACGACUCCGCUCUGAAGCCGCAGAGGGGGGCGGACUGCGCGGGCUGGGCGGCCGCU